AUGUGGAUUUUUAGACAUAAAGAACACUCUGACGGUUCCUUUGAGAGGCAUAAAGCCCGACAUCCAGUGGUGAAACCGGCGACCAUCCGCACUGUUCUCAGUCUAGCGCUCUCUAAUGCUUGGCCUAUUCACCAACUUGAUGUGAAAAAUGCUUUCUUACAUGGUGAACUCAAGGAAACUGUCCACAUGCAUCAACCCGUGGGUUUUCGAGACCCCACACAUCUUGACUAUGUUUGCUCACUAAAGAAGUCCUUAUAUGGCCUCAAGCAAGCUCCCCAAGCCUGCAAGUCUGAUCAUUCUCUGUUCAUCUACCGAAAAGGUAUUGAUAUGGCGUAUCUUCUUUUGUAUGUGGAUGAUAUCAUCUUAACUACCCUCUCUGAUGAUCUUCGCAAGUCAAUCAUGACACUUCUUAACUCUGAAUUUGCUAUGAAGGAUUUGGGACCACUCAAUUAUUUCUUGGGAAUAGCAGUUACUCGUCAUGCUGGUGGUUUAUUUUUAUCUCAAAAGAAGCACGCUGAAGAGAUCAUAGAACGAGCUAGCAUGUCGUCUUGUAGGCCAAGUGCCACUCCAGUUGACACCAAACCGAAGUUAAGUGCCACCUCUACCUCACCGUUUAAGGAUCCUUCACUUUAUCGCAGCCUGGCAGGUGCACUGCAAUAUCUCACGUUCACGAGACCAGAUAUUUCGUAUGCCGUGCAACAAAUUUGUCUAUUCAUGCAUAACCCGAUGGAGGUCUACAUGAAUUCUCUCAAACGUAUUGUGCGCUAUAUUAAGGGCACCCUUGAUCAUGGCUUGCAUCUUUAUCCAUCUAAACCCACCACUCUCAUUUCGUAUACGGAUGCAGAUUGGGGUGGUUGUCCGGAUACCAGGCGUUCGACUUCUGGUUAUUGUGUCUUUCUUGGUGAUAAUCUCAUUUCUUGGUCCGCCAAGCGGCAGGCCACCAUGUCUCGAUCUAGUGCGGAGGCCGAAUAUCGAGGGGUAGCCAAUGUUGUUGGUGAGUCUUGUUGGCUACGCAAUCUGCUUCUAGAACUUCAUUGUCCAAUAUGA